CAGGGCGGGCCCACCAGUCCGCGUCCGGUUCGCUACAGGGGACACGUUCUUCCAGCCUCGCCCGCCCGGACAGUCGGGGACAUCGACGGCAGCCACCCAGGACGGUCGAGUACAACAGACGUUCCCAGGAUGUGGCGUCUCUUGCUGGUGACACUUGCGGCGCUGGCAUGCGCCUGGGCUUUGCCCCAGGGUGACGGCAUCGCCGGUAAGUACGGUGGCGGACGCUUACCACCCCCGGAGGUUCUGCCGCCCGUCCAGCAAGACUUUCCUCCGCUCGACAUGCCGCCCGUCCAAGGCGGUGGCGGUUAUGGUCAGGGCGGGGGCGGACUGUACGGCGGUGGCAUGCAGCCUCAAGCAGGUGGCGGAGACUACGGUAACGAAGGUGGUGCGGCCCCCCCGCAAGGAGGCGACGGCGGGGACUACGGUGGCGGUGCUCCCGCGCCACCUCAGGAUGGUGGCAACUUCGGUGGACAGGGUGACUGCGUCUGCGUGCCCUACUACCAGUGCAAGGAAGGCAUGGUGUCCGAGGACGGUAGCGGGCUCUUGGACGCCCGCAAGAAGCCACCACCGAAGGAGGAGAUUCCCCUGGAUGGACUGAACGACCAGAAGUGUCCCGGAGUUGACCAGAUUUGCUGUGCUGAGCCGAGCGCCGUCACGGAGCAGCCCUACGUGGCUUCGUGUGGCAUCCGUAACGACAAUGGUAUUAACAGCCGCAUCCUCACCAAGGACGGAAAGGGGGAGGCCGAGUUCGGCGAAUGGCCUUGGCAGGCGGCAGUCCUCAAGUACGAGAGUGAAAUCCUGAAGUUUGAAUGUGGUGGAACUCUCAUUGGAAGUCGGUACAUCCUCACGGUCGCCCACUGCGUUGCUCGAUUCGUCGGCUACGACCGCGUGCCCCUCAAGGUUCGGCUCGGGGAGUGGGACACGCAGUCCAUGAAGGAGUUCUACCCGCACGAGGACUACGACGUGGGAAACAUCUUUAUUCACCCCCACUUCAAGAAUAGCUCCCUGUGGAACGACGUCGCGGUCCUGGAGCUCACGCGCCACGUCCACUACGCCCCUCACGUGUCUCCCAUCUGCCUGCCCAAGCUUGAGGAUGUCUAUGAGGGAAGCCAUUGCGUCGUCACCGGCUGGGGCAAGGACGCCUACCGAACUGGCAAGUUCGCCAACAUCAUGAAGGAGGUCACGGUGCCCGUUAUCGACAACCCCACCUGCCAGAACCUGCUUCGGCAGACUCGACUUGGACGCUAUUUCCGGCUCCACGAGGGCUUCAUCUGCGCAGGCACCGAGGACGGAAAGGACUCCUGCAAGGGAGACGGCGGAGGACCGCUGUCCUGUUACACCCCUGAUGGCCGCUACCACCUGGCUGGUCUGGUUGCCUGGGGUAUCGACUGCGGCACCCCUGAGGUUCCGGGAGUCUACGUCCGGGUGGCCAAGUACAUCGACUGGAUAGCCGAGGUUACCCGACAGCCCCUCAGCGAAUUUUAUCCCAAGCCAUAGGGGACUGUCAAGAAAAGAUACUUUGACCUUUCUAGAAGCACCAUUUACAGAAUGAAUGACGUUGCUAAUUUUUUUCUUUAUUUUAUUUUAUAAACGUUGGUCUUUUUUUUAAAACAUUGAGGUCUGUCUCCCGAUUUGGUCUUGUCAAAAACCAUAUUGGAUGCAGUGUUUUUUUAAACUGCCAAGGAAAUGGAACAAGAACAAAAGAAAAAGGGGGCUGUUCAACUCGUUUUUAUUAGCGGGAAGUGUAUGUCGAAGUACAUGUGCGCAGUGCGUUUCUUGUACAUAUUUUAUAUAAAGCGCCAUCUUUUUA